GCUUAGGAGAAGCGAUGAAUUCGGGAGGGAAGUGUCGGUGCUGUGUGUUAUAAAGAAGAAGAAACGCAGAGAGAGAGGUUGAAGAACUGUCGUAGUUCUCUGUGAUUCAGCGGCGGAAAUUUCUUGAAUCUUCGACUUUGGCUUCCCCAAGUAAUCAAGGAGCUUUCAAUUCCAUCCGCCAUUGAUUCCUCUGCUCAAUCUUCACAGACUCUGGGAGAGAGAGAAGAGCAGGAUCUCUGAACGGCAAUGGGGGUGGAUCUGAGACAAGUUUUGGCCGGCAUACUCACCCUCACUAUGUUCGUGAUGCUUGGCCACAUGAUCAAGCGAGACCACUUUGAUUCCGUCCAAGAAAAAUUUCCAGGGCCAACGAAGGAUGUUGCCAAAGUAACACCAGUGCGCAGCCUCAACAAAAAAGGAGCUAUUCCGUGGAAAAAUGAUGUUCAAGAGCUAAAACAAUGUUGGAGCAAACCCGAAUAUGCAGACGAGGGGAGGCAAUCAAAGGGGUAUGUCACUUUUUCAUUGACCGACGGUCCUGAAUACCAUGUCUCACAGAUUGCUGAUGCUGUGGUCGUGGCUAGAUAUCUAGGUGCGACUCUUGUUGUCCCUGAUAUUAGAGGGAAAGAACUGGGAGAUAAGUGGAGCUUUGGGGACAUUUAUGAUGUUGAGAAGUUCAUUGAAAGCCUCGAUGGAGUUGUCAAAGUAGUAAAAACGCUGCCAUCUGAAAUAUCUCCAAGAAAGCUCUCGACUGUCAAAGUGCCGAAUCGGGUUACAGAAGAUUACACUUCGGAACACGUAGAGAAGGUUUUUAAAAAAAGUGGCAACAUAAGACUCGCAACUUACUUCCCUUCCGUAAAUAUGAAAAAGUCAACCACAUCAAGUGAUGGUGAUUCAGUGCCAUGUUUGGCCAUGUUUGGAACAUUGGAGUUGCAGCCAGAAAUAAAUGAGGUGAUUGAAUCCAUGGUUGAGAGGCUAAAAACUUUGAGUCGUAAGUCUAACGGUCAGUUCAUAGCCGUGGACUUGAGGAUCGAAAUGUUGGGGGAAAAUGGAUGCCAAGAGGCAUCUGGAAGUAAAAGUUGUUACACUGCACAAGAAAUAGCUUUGUUUUUGAGGAAGAUUGGUUUCAACAAGGAUGCUACCAUAUACUUGACUCAACCGAGAUGGGAAAACAGCCUUGAUGAUCUCAAAGAUUUGUUUCCAAAAACUUACACAAAGGAAAGCAUAAUGCCAGCGGACAAGAAGGCAAAGUUUUUGAAUGCAGAGAGUUCUGAAUAUGAGAAAGUAAUCGACUUCUACGUAUGUAGCCAAAGCGAUAUAUUCGUACCAGCGAUCUCUGGGCUCUUCUACUCGAAUGUUGCAGGCAAGAGGAUUGGUUUGGGGAAGAAUCAAAUACUUGUUCCAGCCACCAUUAGAGAAUCCACAGCUUCUGCUUCCAACUUCAUCUCCUCUUACAUCACAAAGAAGAAUCACUUGGCAUAUUCAUGCUUUUGUUAGGCUCAUUGUAAAGGUAAGUGAAGACACGACUGUAUCGAUCUCUGAUUUGCGUGCUUCGAGCUUUCAUGGCCGAGCAGAUUACAGGCCAAUUGUAUUGCAUUGCAUUAGUUUUCAUUUUGUUCUUAAUGAUUCCUAAACAGAAGAGUAUUUGUUAAAGAUAAUUUUGUAAGACAUGCAGCAGAACGAUUAAGAUGUCAAUUAUUGUUUGAUAAAGGCUUCCAUUUACAGUAAUGAGAUUGAGAGAAAGUAUUACAUUUUGUGUUCAA